UAUAAAUCAUUUUUCCUUCUCCAUUUGCAUAACUCAACUUCACUUAUAUAAACACCAUUUUUGCUCAACUUAGUAACCUUAAUUAUACCAUGUGAAUGUCAUGGAAUUUGAAACAUCCUUCAGUACCUCUAUUAACCACACUACCACACGUUCUCUUUCUUCACAACAAAGCCUUGCAUCAGUUCCUUCCCUCAACUCAACCUCACAACAAUUUCAUAAUUCAACCUUCACAUGUCUCGCAACUCUCAAACUCUACACUUGCAUUUCCUCUUUAACCCUUUCAGAAAAAUUCCUCUACACCGGUUCAUCCAACAGAGAAAUCACAUCAUGGAAUCGGAUUCAUCUUCACUCUCACCCUCAACAAUCAAAUAACACAAUAGUUUCUGGAAACGGUGCCAUAAAAUCCAUAGUAAUUCAUUCAAGCAAGCUUUUCACCGCUCACCAAGACAACAAAAUCCGUGUUUGGAAAAUCACCAUUAUCAACAAGGAAUCUCAACGACAACAGCAGCAACAACAACAACACAAGUUCACUCAUUUAGCCACGCUUCCAACAUUUAUUGACCGUUUCUCAAAAAUCUUAAUCCCGAAAAACCACGUUAAGAUUCGAAGGAACAAAAAACGAACAUGGGUUCACCACGUUGACACAGUCUCUUCCCUUGCUUUAUCAAAAGAUGGAACCUUGUUGUACUCUGUUUCGUGGGACAGAUCAAUCAAGGUUUGGAAAACCAAAGAUUUCACAUGUUUGGAAUCAGUGAACAACGCACAUGACGAUGCAGUGAAUGCAAUAGUAGUUUCUAAUGAUGGGUAUGUUUACACUGGAUCAACAGAUAAAAAAAUUAAGGUUUGGACGAAAGAUAAAGAAGAGAAGAACAAGAAACACUCUUUGUUAUUGGUUGAUACUUUGGAGAAACACAAUUCUGGGAUUAAUGCAUUGGCACUUAACAGUGAUGGUUCUGUUUUAUAUUCUGGUGCUUGUGAUAGAUCAAUAUUGGUAUCUGAGAAGGGUGAAAAUGGUAAUUUGGUGGUGAUGGGUGCCCUUCGUGGUCAUACAAAGUCUAUAUUGUGUUUAGCUACGGUUUCUGAUUUGGUGUGCAGUGGUUCUGAGGAUAAAACAGUUCGAAUUUGGAGAGGUAAUAAUACUAAUACUAAUAGUGUUCAUAGAGACUAUUGUUGUUUGGGUGUUUUAGAAGGGCAUAAAGGUCCAAUUAAGUGUCUAACUGCUGUGCUUGAGUCAGAAGAAUCUUUUCUUGUCUAUAGUGGUAGUUUGGAUUGUGAUAUUAAGGUUUGGCAGAUUUAUGUUCCUCUUCUAUAAACUGUAUAUAACUAAUUAAACUCUGCUUCUUUAUGUACCAAAAACAAAAAAACUCAUGCUCCCUUUUUUUAAAACUCGGAUUCGUUCGGAAUUCUCUACAUUUAUGCAAUUGAAAUACCAAUGAUUGCUCAGUUGAAAUCAUAUAGUUUACAUUUAAGUUUGGUAUUUCGAAUUAUAAAAUAAAAAUAAAAAAAUUUGCAUUUUUUGGAUGGU